UCCGUAGACCACCACCUCUGCUCGCUGUUCCCGCCGUUCUCGACGCCUUUAACAACUCAGUCUCGGUACUAUGUCCGGGAGCAACUGGCACUACGUCCUCAAGUUCAUCAUCACCGGCGACGCUUCGGUCGGCAAGUCCUCCCUUCUCGUCCGUCUCACGGACCAACGGUUUCUCUCGAAUCCAGACCCGACACUAGGUGUCGAGUUUGGGUCCAAGCUGAUCACCAUCCCCGAGGAGAAUAAGAUCGUGAAGCUGCAAUGCUGGGACACGGCGGGCACCGAGUCCUUCCGGUCAAUAACACGUUCCUACUACCGAGGCGCGGCAGGCUGCUUGCUGGUCUACGAUGUUACAUCCCGGCGAAGCUUCGACAAUCUCCCCACAUGGCUCGCCGACGUCCGCGAACACGCUGAUCCCCACCUCACUUGUAUCCUCGUUGGCAACAAAGUCGAUCUCUGCGAAGACAACGACGGCGCCACCGCCACGAAGCGCGACCGCCAGGUCUCGACAGACGAGGGCGAGAUCUUCGCGAAGGAGAACAACCUGCUCUUUGUCGAGGCGUCCGCGAAGUCCGGCCAAAAUGUCGAGCUCGCUUUCGAACAGGCGACGCGCGAUAUCUUGGACAAGGUCAGGAGAGGAGUGUUCGAUGACGAUCGGUCACCCGGCGUCAAACUCUCCAAGCCAGCGAACACCAAUUUAGCUCUGGAGGGUCAGCCAUCUCACGGGACAACAUGCUGCUCCUAGAUCACCUCCUUCCCCCUUCCCUCUCUUAUAUCUGCCUAUCACGACAUACCCCGGCCGAGUCGAGGACAUGCCGACUACUAUCAUACGCGCUACCGCACCGUGGAGAAACCAGGACGUUACAGUGCAAGACCUGCGAAGCACUCUAGCUCUGUACGAUGUAUCAUCAUAUCUGUAAAUUUAUCGGGUGUAAUGCUAACCGGAAUAUUGGACGUUGCGUUAAGUGGAGUCUA